UUCCGUCAACACCGAUUCUUAGACUCAGUAUUUCAACUCGGGCGAGUCUCAACUCAGUUCUGCAUUUCCUUUUGGUUUCUCUGAGUCAGUUUCCCAGUUGAGUAAUCUCUGAAGCCUAAAUUAUUGCCCAGUUCAUCCAGUUUCUGGACUUGAAAAACCCCUAGAUUGCUUUGCGGACAUGGCUGGCCAAUCUGAUCCUCAUAUCUCUCUUUUCUCAGCCGAAGAGGUGGAAUUUAUGGCUGAAGAUGAACUGAUAGAGAUUGUCCCAAACAUGCGAAUGGAUCCCCUCAAUUUCAUCUGCGGUGAUUUUGGUCCAUUUUUACCGCAAAUAGCAUCCCAGGUGCCGUUGUGGCUCGCGGUGGCUUUAAAGAAGAGAGGAAAAUGCGCGAUUCGGCCUCCUCAGUGGAUGUCAGUUGAAAAUUUGACACGGGUUUUGGAAGGAGAACGAGAAUCUCAAGGGGCAUUUCAGGUGCUUCCAUUUCAUUAUGUGGAGAUCUCUAGACUUCUCUUUGAUCAUGCACGUGAAGACAUUCCUGACAUGUAUAUGGUGAGAUCUCUUAUUGAAGACAUAAGGGAUGUACGGAUUCAUAAAGUUGAGACUAGCUUGGAGAAGUUCAGUGGGACAUCUGCUGUGAAAAUUCCAAAUUUAUCUGCUAUGGAAGUGAAUAUAAUUCGUCCGUUCGUGGGGAGGGCCUUACAGGCAUUUUACAAGCAUGAUAAUCCAGAGAAAAUACCAGAUGUAGAUAGAGCAUCUAGUGCACAGACCCGAGCAGCUAACAAUGAGCCAAGACGGCAACUGAGGAGAUAACAGAUCAUUUUCACUUUUAAUUCCUUUACUGUGUUGAAAAUGGACACUUCAGCCAGCCACUCAUGAAGGUACUUAAGAAUCCUACUUGGUGCAAAUUUCUUUACAGCUUUCAAAUAAUUGUGGCAUUUGUUUUAGACCCUUGUUGUGUAAAGUUAUUAACUUAUUGUAAUAGCCUCGAAAGUUGUUAUUCCCACAAAGCUGUGAAGAUCUCAUUACUUUGUAUUGUAUUAUGGGGAGUGUUAACUCUUGUCAACUACAUCAUAUCAUUUAUUGCAUUUUCUAACCCCAUGUGAUCA